AUGGCUGACAAGUUGAAAACUGAAGAGAAUUCUCAAAAAGAAGUGGACGAGGAUGAUGACAUUGAAGACAUCGAAAAUGUUGACGAGAGUGCUAAAUCUAAGAAGAAGAAAAAGAAGCGAAAGAAGAAGAAAGCAGAUGGAGACGGUAAAAAGAAGAAGAAAAAUAAGAAAAAGAAAGGGGGUAAUGGUCCAGUAAAACAAACAACACCACCAUCAAUACCUAUCAGUGAAUUGUUUCCUAAUGGUAAUUAUCCUGAGGGAGAAGUUUGUGAAUAUCCUGUUGUACAAGAUAUGAGAAGUGCUAAAGAUAGAAUGACCGAUGAAGAGAAGAAAGCGUUAGAAAAAGCACAGUAUUAUCUUUAUGAAGAAGUAAGACAGGCAGCAGAAGCACAUCGGCAGACAAGACAGUAUAUGAAAUCUAUUAUCAAACCAGGAAUGUUGAUGUUUGAUAUUUGUGAGACAUUGGAAGGUAUAUCAAGAAAAUUAAUCAAUGAGAAAGGGUUAGAGGCAGGGUUAGCUUUCCCUACUGGUUGUUCAUUAAAUUAUUGUGCAGCCCAUUAUACACCUAAUGCUGGUGAUAAAACAGUACUCAAUUAUGAAGAUGUGUGUAAAAUAGAUUUUGGUACUCAUGUAAAUGGUCAUUUGGUUGAUUGUGCUUUUACAUUAACAUUUGAUAACAAGUAUGAUGAGUUAUUAAAAGCUGUAAAAGAUGCUACUAAUACAGGAAUCAGAGAAGCUGGUAUUGAUGUCAGAUUAUGUGAUAUAGGAGCUGCCAUACAAGAGGUUAUGGAGUCUUAUGAAGUAGAAUUAGAUGGUAAAACUUAUCAAGUGAAAUCUAUACGUAAUUUAAAUGGUCAUUCAGUAUCCCAAUACAGAAUUCAUGCUGGUAAAACAGUUCCUAUUGUAAAAGGAGGAGAGGCUACUAGAAUGGAGGAAGGAGAAUUUUAUGCCAUAGAAACUUUUGGUAGUACAGGAAAAGGUGUUGUACAUGAUGAUAUGGAAACUUCACAUUAUAUGAAGAAUUUUGAAGCUGGAAAUAGUGCCGCUGUCAGGGUCGCUAAAUCAAAACAGUUGCUCCAAGUUAUCAACCAGAAUUUUGGUACACUAGCAUUUUGUCGCCGUUGGUUAGAUAGAAUUGGACAAAGUAAAUACCUCCUUUCAUUGAAGAAUCUGUGUGAUGUUGGAAUUAUUGAUCCUUAUCCUCCAUUGUGUGAUAUUAAAGGCAGCUAUACUGCUCAGUUUGAACAUACAAUUUUAUUGAGACCUACAUGUAAAGAAGUGCUAACUCGUGGAGAUGAUUAUUAA